CAGCCCGCCGACAGUCUUAACAGACUCUUCCAGGCCAAGGGCAAGAAGUACUUUGGUACUGCCGCUGACCAGGGCACUCUCAGCAACUCUCAAACUUCUGCCAUUGUCAAGGCCGACUUCGGUCAGGUCACCCCUGAGAACAGCAUGAAGUGGGAUGCCACCGAGUCCUCCAACGGCAACUUCAACUUCAACGGUGGUGACUACCUCGUCAACUUCGCCUCCCAGAAUGGCCAGCUCGUCCGUGGUCACACUCUUGUCUGGUACUCUCAACUCCCCAACUGGGUACAGCAGAUCACCGACAAGACCCAGCUCACCAACGUGAUGAAGAACCACAUCACCAAGGUCAUGACCCACUUCAAGGGCAAGAUCUACGCCUGGGACGUUGUCAACGAGGCCUUCAACGAGGAUGGUACUCUCCGCCAGAACGUCUUCAUGAAGGUUCUCGGCGAGGACUACAUCCGCAUCGCCUUCGAGACCGCCCGCGCUGCCGACCCCAACGCCAAGCUCUACAUCAACGACUACAACCUGGACUCUGCCUCCUACUCCAAGACCACCGGUUUCAUCUCCCACGUCAAGAAGUGGAUCGCCGCCGGCAUCCCCAUCGACGGUGUCGGUUCCCAGACCCAUCUCGGCAAGUCCGGCUCCUUCAACAACCCCGACAACGUCCCCGCCGCCUUCAAGGCCGUCUGCGCCGCCGCCCCCGAGUGCGCCAUGACCGAGCUCGAUCUCGCCGGUGCCGACGCCACUUCCUACGUCAAGGUCGUCAACGCCUGUGUCCAGACCAAGAACUGCGUCGGUAUCACCGAGUGGGGUAUUUCCGACAGCCAGUCCUGGAGAAAGAGCGACAGCCCCCUCCUCUUCGACAGCAACUUCCAGAAGAAGGCUGCUUACACUGCCAUUGUCAACGCUCUC